AUGCAAUAUCAAGUUAACGCCACCGGCCUCGACCAUGUCGAGCUCUCUUGGCUCAACGACAAUGACUCGUUCUACAUGCACGACAGUGGCGUCCUGACGGCAAGUCGAGAGUCGCGCCAUACCAUGAUGAGGUAUCUCCGACGAGUUCGCGCGAACCCAAGAUACGCACCCGGGAGCCUCCUCUUCUUCACUUUCCGAGAGCCGUCGUUGUUUGGCGAGACCUCUCCUCUUCGCCAGUCUUUUGUCGAAUUCGACGCCAACGACUUCAUAGUUCUCCGGUCACAACACCGCCUUCCGUAUGGGACCUGGGUUAACGCCGUCCAGUACCUGGUGAGUGCAAGGCCUUACAUCGGCCAGGGGUCAACCAUUGGCAUUGCCAUGGAUCCUGACAACUACCCUACCUUUUACGACCACUUCAUCGGCGUCCCUGUUCCGGAUCUUGCCGUCCCUGUUCCGGAGCUUACCCAUCUCUUGUACGAAAUCAUUGACGAGUGUCGCGAACCCUUCGACGCGAUUGACGCCUCGCUCACGAUUGCGCUGAUUGACAGCCGCCUCGAGAUCGACCUUGAUGUCGCGCCCCCGUGGAGUUUCAGCGACCCAGACAUGCUGUACGUCUUCGAUGCCUACGCGGAUAUAAUGCGCCACUUGGUGGGACUCAUCCAGGUGGACGAGACGGAUCAGUGCAGAGUGAUGCUCAUGGGCACCAUACGAGAUACUACACUGUAA